AUGAUGACAACAGCCCAACGAGAGCUCGAGCCCGGCACCCGCCGCAUGGACCCCAUCACCACCGGCCUCAACCUCGUCGUCUGGGUCUCGUCGGUCAUUGUCAUGGGCAUCCUCGCCUACCUUGUCUCCCUCAACAACAACCAGGGCUCGCACGUCAUCUACGAGCUCACCAUUGCCGUCCUGACCGUGGUUUUCUACCUCGCCGCCUUCUUCCUCCCCGUCCACUUUGGCCUGCUCUUCAACAUCAUCUUCUCCCACCUCUGGAUUGUGGCCGUCGCCUUCACAGCCAGCGACUGGACCUACAGCAACAGUGCCCUGCUCCAUGCCGCGGAGGCCUUCAGCUUCAUUGCUUUCUUCUUCCUCUUCUUCAACCUCCUCCACAACUGGUACUUUGGCAGCUACUCUGGUCGCACUGCCGGCACUUCUCACGUCUAA